GGCCGUGCGGCAGCUCCCAGCCCGCCGCGGCGGCGGCACGAGGCGGGGGACUGCGGUCCCCGCGUGGGAGUGGCUUUGCGCUUUGUUCGCCGGUGCGGGCGGGGCCGCGUGCGGGCCGAGGCGCGGAGCGGACGGGGGCUCUCCUGGCAGGAUGACACUGAAGAAAAUUCCAAUGAUGGCAGCCAGCCAUCCAAAAGACGACGGAUGGGCUCAGGGGACAGUUCUCGGAGCUGUGAAACUUCUAGUCAGGACCUUGGAUACAGCUAUUUUCCUGCCGAAAACUUGAUAGAGUACAAGUGGCCACCAGAUGAAACAGGAGAGUACUAUAUGCUUCAGGAGCAAGUUAGUGAAUAUUUGGGUGUGACUUCCUUUAAAAGAAAAUACCCAGAUCUAGAACGACGAGAUCUAUCUCACAAGGAGAAACUCUACCUCAGAGAACUAAAUGUUAUCACAGAGACUCAGUGCACAUUAGGUCUAACAGCUUUGCGUAGUGAUGAAGUAAUUGAUCUUAUGAUUAAAGAGUACCCUGCCAAACAUGCUGAGUAUUCUGUUAUACUGCAAGAGAAAGAACGUCAGCGAAUAACAGAUCAUUAUAAAGAGUACUCUCAAAUGCAGCAGCAGAACACGCAGAAAGUAGAAGCUAGUAAAGUUCCAGAAUACAUUAAAAAAGCUGCCAAGAAGGCUGCGGAAUUCAACAGUAAUUUAAACCGAGAGCGAAUGGAAGAAAGAAGAGCCUAUUUUGAUUUACAGACACAUAUUAUCCAGGUGCCUCAAGGAAAAUACAAGAUCUUACCUACAGAGAGAACAAAGGUUAGUCCUUAUCCAGUGGCUCUCAUACCCGGCCAGUUCCAGGAGUACUACAAAAGAUAUUCUCCAGAUGAACUUCGUUACUUACCGUUAAACACAGCUCUUUACGAACCCCCUUUGGAUCCAGAGCUGCCUGCAUUAGACAGUGAUGGGGAUUCGGAUGAUGCGGAGGAAGGGCGAGGUGACGAGAAACGGAAAACCAAAGGCAAUUCGGAUAAUUCGUCUGGCAAUGUAUCUGAAGGUGAUUGCGCCACAGACAACCAGGAGGAUUCUUUUCAGGGAAGACAAAAAACAAGGGACAAAAGUGCUACUCCAAGAAAAGAUGGUUCCAAACGUUCUGUAUUAUCCAAAUCAGUUCCUGGGUACAAGCCAAAGGUCAUUCCAAAUGCUAUAUGUGGAAUUUGUCUGAAGGGUAAGGAGUCCAACAAGAAAGGAAAAGCUGAAGCUCUUAUACAUUGCUCCCAGUGUGACAACAGUGGCCACCCUUCUUGCCUUGAUAUGACCCCGGAGCUUGUUGCUAUGAUUAAGACUUACCCUUGGCAAUGUAUGGAGUGUAAAACAUGCAUUAUGUGUGGGCAGCCUCACCAUGAAGAAGAAAUGAUGUUCUGUGAUGUAUGUGACCGCGGUUAUCACACUUUUUGUGUGGGGCUUGACGCUAUUCCCUCAGGUCGCUGGAUUUGUGAGUGUUGUCAGAAAGAGCCUCCCAUACCCAGAAGAGGAGGAAGAAGGGGGAAAAACAGCAAGGAAGGCUAAACUCCCCUAAAAAACCUUGCUGUUUCAAAAUUUAACUGCACAAAUUAAAAUGAUACUUUGGUGCUAUUUAACCAACCACUUUAAGAGGAACGAUACCACUGCGUUUUUUCUUUUUACCAAAUAAACUUUUAAUUUUGGCUAUAUAA